AUGGUUGCCGCCCUUAUCACCCGUAAUCUUUCUCGUUUGACCCCAAGAGAAGUCGUCAAAGUGCCAGAAGGCAUAGGCGGGCAAGAUAAAGUUCCAAAUGGGAAGCGAAACCAAGUAGACCAACAUCCAUCCGACGUAGGCGAUCUUACGGGAUGUGACCACGAUGAGGAGACCGGGCAAACCCAAGAUGAUGGCGAGGAGGACAAGUGGAAUCACCGUAUUCUUCGAGCCCUUGACAGCGGAUAUGACGAUGAGAUAGAUGGUGAACGAGAUAGCGGCAGGGAGGACCAAAGUACCAGCCAACUCCAUGAACACGACAAACUGCAUGGAGAAACAGAAGGUACCGCACAAGUCUCGGACGA